AUGAAGGCCUUUAUUCCUCUGUUUCUCGCCUCCGUCGCAUUCUCCAGCCCUAUCUAUCCCAUCAGUAGCAGAGAGAUCGAAUCCGUCGCAAAGCUCAGCACCCGCGAAACCGGGACAACAGCCAAAGAAUUCACAAAAGGCGGUUGCCGUGAUGUCAUCUUCAUCUUUGCCCGUGGAUCCGUAGAAACCGGAAACAUGGGCUCGACUGUCGGACCCCCAACUUCAGACGGCUUGAAGAAAAAAUACGGGGACAACAGAGUGGCGACCGAAGGAGUUGAUUAUGCCGCGGCGCUUACUACCAAUUUCCUCCCUGGCGGCGCCGAUCCAGACGGCGUCACAACGAUGAGGAAGCUUCUCAACGAUGCCGCCUCAAAGUGUCCGAAUGCGAAGCUUGUGGCUGGAGGAUACAGUCAGGGAGCCGCUGUGGCCCAUCGAUCAAUCGAGAGUCUUUCAGACUCGACCAAGAACAGAAUACUCGGCGUCAUCACGUACGGUGACACGCAAAACACCCAGGACAAGGGGCAGAUCCCCAAGUUCCCGAAAGAGAAGGUCAAGGUCAUUUGUAAUGAUGCCGACGAAGUAUGCAAAGGCACCUUAGAGGUUGAACCCGCCCAUCUGGACUACGUGAAACGGGUACCCGAAGCUGUCGACUUUCUCGUCGGAAAGAUUGGCAACAUUUAA